AUGCGUCCUCCUCCUCUACAUUUUGAAGACUUGGGUCGUCCCGACAGUUGUCUGAGCGGCGGAGGAGGUAUGUUACUUCUUUUUAUUCCCUCGAGUAGUGGACUUUCCACGCUCUUUGCGAAUAGUGGGCUUUUUCACUCAAAAAUUGGUUGA